CAACGGCGUCCGCUGUGAACGAGAAAGUGACACGGAGGACGGAAGGCAGGACACGUCACUCCGGCUAAUGUCCUGAUUUCCCCCCCCUGCCCAACAUAGAUGGGGAAUACCUAAGAAGAGAGUACAAUGGCAACUGAUGAUGAUGGAAUGACAUUUUCUAAUCUUCUGUAUGGUGCUUCUCCUUGUCGAGGAGGAGAUGAUGAGAGUUCGGUGGAUAUUUAUGAUGGCUUAGACAGCACUCCAAUUGCUUCUAUCACUCCUGCUACAAAAGUAACCCCAACCAGAAGUAGUUUAAAUCUAUUUGAUGAGAUCCUGAUUGAAGAAACAACAGCAAAGGAAGCUACUUACAAUGAUUUGCAGUCUGAACACAAGAAAAGUCAGCAACAACUUCAAGAGUUGAUGAAAAAGCUUCAGGAAAUAGAGGAACAGAAUUCCACUCUACAAAAAGAAAACCAGUGCCUUAAGAAGAACAUUUCAGCUCUUAUCAAAACAGCUAGAGUAGAAAUAAAUCGCAAAGAUGAAGAAAUUAGUAAUCUCCAGAGAAGGCUAUCGGACGGUCCAGUUCAUCAAAAUACCUACAGUAGAACGUACUUCUCAGCAUCAACUAAUAAGACAAGAAACUUUGAAGGAUCAAAAGCAAAAAAUAAAUGCAGAGAUUUACUUUCAGAGAACAAUCCAAAAAUGGAUCCUCAAACUAAAAACACUCUCUCUAAAGACAUACCACCCAAUUAUCCAAGUCAGGAUCUAGAAAAUAAGAAAUUUCAUUCAGGAAAAAGAGACAUUCCAUACAUACCUCGAUCUCAUCCUGAACAGCUUAACAAUGAUGGUGCUCAUUCAAGGCUGACAAAUGUAGACAGUUCUUGUGACAAAGAAAAGGGGAAAAAUGAAAUUAAACAUAAUGAGUAUCAUAGUAGGGAGAAUGACUGCAAAUACAAAACAAAAGUACAACAAAAUUUGGACAGCACUGCAGAUAGAAUAUUGGAUUCUCAUGGAAAAUUAAAAUCUUACCCAGAAAAAACAGUCAAAAAUGGACAUUGGAAAGAUAGUAAGGACUUAAAGCUCAAGAGCAGCUCAUGUGCAGAAAAAAGAACCAGUAAGGUCCCUGCUGCUAAGGAGAAACAACCAAGUCCUAAAGAUAUAUUACUGUCCAAAACAGGACACUCCAGCGAUGAUAGGAGUGAAAAGUCACAAAAUAUAAAUCGGAAGGACCUGAAAAUACAAAACAAAGAUGAAAGCAAUAGUGGACAAAAAGCUAGACAACCUGACAGGUGUCUAGAACAACAAAGAACUGGUAAGCUUUCUAGUCCUACUGAAAGGAAUACAAUUUCCAGAAGUUUUCAGAAAUUAAAUAAAAGCUAUGUGGAAGUCCGGAAGGUAAAAGACAGUGAUUGUAGAAGAAACAAAGGGGCAGAUUAUCAUGGCCUCCAAGGAGGGAGAUUAUCACCACCACUACCUCCUAUUUCUAAUAAGGAGCAAAAACAUAGCUACUCAAAGGAAGAUAACAGCAAAUGUGAACAAAAGCAUUCAAAAUCAGACAGGCAUCGAACUGAAGAAAAAAGGAAAAAUGAGAGACACAAUCCUAGAGAAAAUAGGAAUUCUCAAAAUGAAAGAAGAGACUCAAAGGAAAAGACAACAAAAGGAACCAUUAAAAUUAAAGGAGGUACAAAAAGGGAGGAAAAGAAAUCCUUUCGACCAGAAGAAAUUGCCAAGAUAGUUGAUGGUGUGGAGGAGCAGAUGCCUACAAAAGCUGGAAGGGAUGAGGAGCAGUCAAAAAGCAAAGACUUGAAACUGAGCUUUAUGCAGAAGCUAAAUUUAACGCUUUCUCCUGCUAAAAAGCAAACAGACAGACUCAAAUCAGUAGCAAAGUCUGCCAAUGACUGCAACACAGAGAUUCCAAGUCAAGAAGUAACGUUAGUACCAGAUGAGCCUAGUAAUAAUAAUCCAAUUAAGCAAACAGAAACACCGCUAUUACAUAUCCAUGGCAAUCCUAUUCAGACCAAUCUGAAAAAAAUAACAGCUGUAUCUGAGAUCAAAGUGAAGGUGGUAAAUGAAGGUUUAGCAGAAACCAUGAAUAUAGAUCCAUCUAAGACAACAUCAUUCCCACGAACCAAAGAGAAACAUGAAUUGGCUGAUAAUGUGAAACUCCUGUCUGAGGCUGAAACUGAAAUGGAGGAAGUGGAUGGAAUAUAUAUAGCUCCUGGCCUAGGAAGCCCCAUAAAUCAAGAUACACUUCCAGAUAAUUCUUUCAGUGAGACUAUAUGUUCUGUGGAUUUUGAUUCUUUUAGUGUAAUAGAUGAGAUCAAUGGGACAGAUUCAGAUUCUUUGGUGGAUGAGGAAGAGUCCAGUAAAUGUGCAGAAGAAAAAGUGUUGGAGUAUCCUGAAAAAGAAAACAAACCUGUGCCUCACAAGACUAUUGUGGAAAAAAGCAAAAUACUGAGUGGGGAUGUGACAACAAAUGACCAGAAGGCUCAUAACUUGAAGCCAAGUUUUCCUGACACUAGAAACCAUUUAGAAACAUUGUGUAGUAAAGAGUCAAACCCUACAUUUCUAGCAGGAGAUACAAACCCAAUUUCAGUUGAUGAUGAUAACUCUAUACUGAGUAUUGAUCUAAAUCACAUGAGGCACAUACCAAAAGCAAUCAGCCCAAUUAAUAGUCCAAUCCGUCCCUUGGCUAAAGUGCUCAGAAUGGAAAGCCCUUUCAAAGGAUCUGUGAAAAGUUAUAUUACAGAUUUUGUUCCAGAUAAUGUAGUUGUCUAUCCUGGAAGAAACCAGUCCAAUGAGCUCAACAAGGAAAAUCAGAAGCCACUUUGCACAGAUCACCAAAUCGUAGUGGAGCCUCAGCUGAACAUGUCUUCAGAUGAAUUAGAAGAAGGUGAAAUCAUAAGUGAUAAUGAUGAACCUAUAUUAGAAAGGAACUCUGAGAAUAGUAAAAAAACAAAACGAAAAGUAUCUCCUGAUAGAUCGAAUUUGUCCAAGAGUACAUGCAACCUCAAGGUCAAGACUACACCUUCCAGUGAAGAUACUGAAAAAUCAGCUUCUGGGAAAAAGAGUAAAGAGAAACCCAAAGAUGGAACCAUAAUAUCCUCCAGUGAAGUGAAGAAAAAUAAAGCUGUGAGCAUUGAUUGUCUAGAAAAAAUAGUGAAAAUUACUGCUGAACCUUCUACUGCACAUGAGUUUAUGCAGAUGCUGAGAGCUAUAAGAAAACAAAUACGGAAGAACUACAUGAAGUUUAAGAUACAGUUUCCAGUACAGAACUUUCAUAGAAUUAUAGAGUCAGCAGUUCUGAAUUUUACAUCUCUGGUAAAAUAUCUUGACUUCUCUAAAAUGUCUAAAUUAAGUGAAGCCUUAAAGUUGAAUCUCUGUGAAGUUAUAGAAUCUAAACUUAAUCAGAUCAAAAGGAAUAGCGAAAUAGAGCAUCUGUUUGAACAUCAACAAUCAGAUAUGAAGAAAAAGUUGUGGAAGCUUGUAGAUGUGCAGCUUGACUACCUUUUUGAUAAAAUAAAAAAAAUUCUUCUAAAAUUCUGUAAUUUGAUAAGUUCUCGAAAUGAAAACGAUGAAGGUAAACUUGAUAAAAGAACAAAAAAAAGCCCCAAAUGCCUUGUAAAUCAUAAAACUGAAAGACAGAAAUCAAAGAAAACAGCCUUAAAUGCUAGAACUCAAAAGCCUGAAGAAUGUGCCCCUCGAAAACCUGUAGUAGGUAACCAACUAUCUAAGAGAGAUCACCAUGACACACGCAAAAUGGACACACACAAAAAUAUUGCUUCAAAAUGUAAAGGUUCCUAUGCUAAUAUUUCAAAACAUUCUCAGAUCAAAGCUGAACUUUUCAAGGAAAAGUCCAUAAAGGAUAGUACUUUGAAAGUUGGAAAAUAUGAAAAGGAAGGCUCAUACAUGGCAGGAGACCCUCCCAAGUCAGAUAUUAGCUGUGGACCUCUCACAGAACAGCAGAUGUCGGGCCUGACAUUCAAUCUAGUCAAUGAUGCUCAAAUGGGUGAAAUGUUCAAAAGUUUGUUACAAGGCUCUGACCUUUCAGAAAAGAAUGAUGACUUCAUUGAUGAAAAUCAGUGGGAAUUCAGGACACCGGAAAAACACAUGCCAGAUGGUCAGAUCUGUGGGAAUGAGUCUGCAUAUGAGACAGAAGGACUGAUUCCAAAAGAGACCCAAGUAGAGUCAAGAGUGCUAGAUGGCAUUAAAUGGCCUGUCGUUUCACCUGAAAGAGAUUCAGCAUUUUUAACUAGACUGCAGAUGCCCAUUGAUCCAGAUAUUCUAGAUGAAAGUUGUAUGUUUGAAAUUCCUAAUAGUCCAGCUCUGAAGAAAAAUGAAAUAUGUAUUUCGGAAAAACCGAAAUCGGUUGUCUCUUCUAUUCUUCUGGAAGAUCUAGCAGUCUCAUUGACUAUUCCCUCUCCUUUGAAAUCAGAUGCUCAUCUUAGUUUCUUGAAACCCGACAUACUUGGCUCUGUUCCUGAGGAUGUUCUAAGUGCACAUUUCAGUGAAGACGCCCAUCUGGAAGAGGAGGAUGCUUCUGAACAGGACAUCCAUUUGGCUUUGGAAUCUGAUAAUUCAAGCAGUAAUUCCACCUGUUCGUCAUCAUGGGCAAGUAUGCCUGCUGCUCCUGGAUUUCAGUAUUGCCCAAGCCUGCCAAUGCAGGCAGUAAUAAUGGAGAAAUCAAAUGAUCAUUUCAUUGUUAAGAUCAGGCGUGCUGCACCAUCUACCUCACGAAUCCUUGAUCAAGCAAUCCUAGGAAAUGAGCAUCCAACCACUCUUACUGAGAGAAGAAACAAUGAAAUUAUGACUGAAGAAAAAUUAGAUACUUUGAAUUCCAAAUGUGUACCACUGGAAGAGACAGCAAUGUGUAAGGAAAAGAUGAAUAAUAAUUACUUCAGGGAUGAGAUGCAUGAUCAUAAUAGAGAUGAGCAAGUUUUAAAUUCACUGGAGUGUGUGGAGGAGUCGUCUGUCUGUCUUGAGAAAGAUCAGGUUCCUACUAUAUCUGAACCCCAACAAGAACCCCAUCCUGGUCCUCCUGAUGAUGUGUUUGAAUCUGUAGAGGGCUUGUUUACUCAUGCCAGCCAAGAGCAAAAGUGUAACAUGACUGAACUACAGGAUCCAUACAGCAGUACCACUCAGAUUCAAGGCUCUGAUCAGGUGUCACAUAGUAGUGUUAGCCCAGAAGAAGUCUGUGACUUACACAAUCCCCCUAAAGAAGUGGGGAUAUCAUUAGCAUGUCCAAAAGAAUCCUCAAAUGAUGAAACUGCCCAGAGUGAAGACACACCUGAAGUUUUUAAACUACCUCAGACACACACAGUGAAAGCAUUUCAAAUAAGUGAUGUAUCUUGUGGUAAAAUAGAACAGUCACCAGUUCACUCUGCAGAAAUUCCAUUUGUAAAAGAGUUGUCCUCCAAGAGCCAUUUUAAUAUAUGUAUAGACUUGACUGAUGACUCUCCCAUGGAAAACGAAAUAGAUUCAUGGGAUCUCACAGUGGAAUCUGCUUUAAAUACUAGAAUGGGAUGCUUAUAUAAAAAUAAAGAGACGCAUAAGUCAGAAGACCGCUAUGCAGCAAGUGAUCCUUUGGAACAUGAUGUUGAAGGAGUUAUAAAUCUGACAGAGGAUCUGCUUGACAAGCCUGCAGUAAAUGAGAACUUUCAAACAAAAGCUGUUCUAAAUAUUGAUGAUCAAAAAUCCCAAAUGAGCCUUAAUAAAGAAAGCAGAAAAAGAAAAAAGGAGAUGGAAGAAACAUCCAGUGCAAAAAGGCAAAGAAAGGAAAGUAAUGAGUUGGGUUUUAAAAAACCCUGCAAAAAUGGCAAAAAGUCUAAAGAGACUACUUCAGCAUCCAUAAGUGCGUCCAUUAAAAAGGCUGCAGUAAUUACGGACAAAGAUCCUUUGCCAUCAACAUCCUCUAUGUCGCCAUCAAGUCUUCGUGCCAAAAAUAUCAUUAAGAAGAAAGGGGAAGUUGUAAUUUCUUGGACAAGAAAUGAUGACAGAGAGAUUUUAUUGGAAUGUCAGAAAAAAGGACCUUCAGGAAAAACAUUUGCUUCUGUUGCUUCCAGAUUAAAUAAAAAUCCAACUCAGAUUGAAGAACGAUUCAAGCAGUUAGUGAAGCUAUUCAAGAUGUCAAAUUGUAGUUAGCAGCUGCACUGCUGCUACAAAUGAUGAACUGCUAUGAACAUAGAUGCACUGUAUGUAUGUGUGAGAAAGAGACAGAGCACAUGCAAUCCAAGUCAGAAUAGCUGUCUGUUGCUUAUUCAUUUACCUGUGAUUGAAAUGCUCAAUUUAUACCCAUAUGUCUCGUAAGACAACCCUACUUUAUGAAUUAGUAACUGGUUCUUGCUGAAAAUGUCACAAAGAGUUAUAGAACUCAUUGGUGACUUUGAACAGCUUUAAAGAAAUAUGGAACAGAGAAACAUAUGCCCUAAGUUUCCUGUUUCCUGAGCUUCCACUAAAAUAUUCAUAUAUCUCACCUUAAUAAUUCUAUUUCAGAUGAUAAAUAAAGGUUGAAGGAAAACAUUUGUGUUUCCUGUUCUUCUACAUUCCACAGUGGCUGAAACCACACUCUAUGUUUAGAUAACAGAAGACCAAUUCCUAGCAUAUGGGGAGUAUGAUUCUUCAAAUUGAAAGAAACACCUGAUCACUGUUUGUUGAUAUGAAAUAUUGAAGAAAACUAGUAACACAUAGCGUGCCUCCACCAGUAGCCAUAAGAAAUCAUAGAAGCACAGUUCAGUGGCAGACUUACCUUUUCUCUCACCUUCAGAAAGCAUGAACACAAAUAGAAGUUUUGCAGUAUAUUAUCCAAACCCCAAUGUUCAAAGAUGUACAAUACAUGCAUUAGAGAUCAUGCAGAAUUAAUGUAUUUAUAGAGUUUAUUUUACAAGUAAUAUAUCAGAAUUUGUAAAUUGUUUCCUCUGCUUAAGACAGCAAAUUGUUUAAAAUCUAUGUAGAAUUGCUUUACAAAAGCUGACUUCUGCUAUUUAACCACAUUUGCCAUUCCAUGCUCACUUAAAAUAUCAUUUCCCAUUUAAAUCUUACUAAUUAUUUAUACAAGUAAGUACGCAUUCUGAAUAUGUGAUCCCAAAGGUGCCAUAAUUAGGAACUUCUAGAUUUUACUUAUGAGUAAUCCAGAUAAACUGAUCUAUGCCCCUGUCCUAAUAAAUCUCAAUAUUUUAGGGGGUGAGGAUUUUUUUGGGUAACUGUUUACAUAAAACAUUGAGUGCACAGCAGCCAAAGCCUUAAGAAGGCAAUGACUCCACCCAGCCACUUAUUUUAAAAAAGGGGGGAAAUCCUUUGUCAAUUUGAAAACUCAUCAGAUUUCUUAAAAGUUACUUAACUGCCAUUCUGACCUGGAUGUAUUUGUGAGUGUGUGAGUGUGUGUGUAAAUUGUAAAGUUUUAAAUGUUAACUGUUCUGUAAAUAAUGUACAGGAUUCUAUAUCGUGUAAAAUACUGUGUUUAAAUACAAUUUCUUUACUUGCAAUUUUUUGAUUAUAUAAAUCAAGUUUUAUUUUGUAUAAAUUAAAUACUGCAUACUGUAGUACCAAUCCCAAACCUUGUAAAAUGAACGCACUUAAUGUUCAUUAAAAGUUGACUUGGAGUGUUUUUAUA